GGAGCGGUGGGAGCCAGUUCUCUGAGCCUCGGUGCAGCCCUGCGGCAGGGGUUCGAGGACAAGAGGCAUGGAAAAUAGUUAUUCUUCAGCCUUCUAUUAUGAAAUCCCAGAUGUUGACAUCUAUGAAAAUCAGCUGGUGGGGAGGGGCGGUGAGCCUGCUGCCCCCACCGAGGACCUGGGGACCCUGGAGAGCUCCAGGACAAUGGAUAUGCUCUUUACCAAAAGGGACAUCCCAGAGGCCCUGGAGGAGGAAGAGGAGUCCGAGGGUCCCCCCGGGGGGCAGGACCUGAAAGAGGCCUACAUCCAGCUGAUCCAAGGCGUGCAGGAGUGGCAGGAUGGCUGUGUGUACCGAGGGGACUUCGGGCUGGACAUGAAGCUGGGGCAUGGUGAAUUCUCUUGGCCCACGGGAGAGUCUUACCGCGGGCAGUUUUACCGUGACCACCGCCACGGGCUGGGCACCUACCUGUGGCCCGAUGGUUCCAGCUUCACCGGCAUGUUUUACCUGAGCUACCGAGAAGGCUACGGCACCAUGUACCAGAAGACCAGGCUCUUCCAGGGGCUGUACAAAGCCAACGAGCGGUUUGGGCCAGGCAUUGAGACCCACCCCGACGGCAGCCAGGACGUCGGGCUGUGGUUUCGGGAGCACCUCAUCAAGCUGUGCACAGAGGUCCCCAGCAGCUUCUCCAUACAUGACUACCCCGAGUACUCGGGCUUCCUCACGCACUCUCCUGCUAGAAUCAGCCUCUUGGGCGAGGAGAAAAUGGAGUGGGACCUGCAUGAGGAACGGGACCCCUUUUUCUAUGACUAUAAGCGGUUUCUUCUGAAUGAUGACCUAACUCUGCCUCCAGAAAUGUACAUUUACUCAACCGACAACAGCCACCUGCCCAUGACCUGCUCUUUCCGCAAAGAAUUAGAUGCCCUGAUCUUCCUUAAUGAUAUCCCUCCAUUUGUUGAGGACGGUGAACCCUGGUUUAUAAAAAAUGAGACCCCUUUGAUGGUCAAAAUCCAGAAGCAAGCUUACAAGUACAGGAACAAGAAGGCCCACAGCAGCUGGAACAUGGGUGCCAUCCUGGAGGGGGACCGGAGAAGCUUUGCGUGUAGUGGGCCCAAGGAGCGGCUUGCCAAGGACAUGAUCCUGAGGGCUGGGGAAGGGGACUACGACUGGAUCUACGGGAUCCUCAGGGAUGACCUUGCCAGCGCCAAUGUGGCCGAUGCCAAGGGCUACACUGUGCUCGCCGCGGCUGCCGUUCAUUGUCACAACGACAUUAUCAACCUUCUGCUGGACCACGGGGCCGAUGUGAACAAGUACACAGACGAGGGCCUCACGGCACUCAGCAUGUGCUUCCUACUCUACUACCCGUCCAGGUGCUUCAAGCCCAACAUCGCUGAGCGGACGGCACCCAAGCCCCAGGAAGCUUCAAAUAUGCCAGUAAAUCCCAACCAUGCCUUCUCAUUCCUCGAAGUGGCCAAGGAGCCUGUGUAUUUAGAGGAAUUGGUGCCCCCCCCCGGGCAGCCAGGAGCAGAAGUCGCUGCAUGGGGUGAUGAGGAGGACAGCCUCUCUGCAGGCACCCGGCCGUCUCAGGAGUCCCCCAACCUGGGGGGCAACCCCCCGAAGUCGGACCGUCUGUCAUCGCAGGGCAGCGUCGGCGACCUGGAGAAGGGGCUGGACUGUGCGGUAGGGAGUCUGGACGGGCACAGGCUGGGAAGCCAGGAGACGAACUUUGAGUCUGGCAUCUGUGUGCGCAACUAUUCCAUCACACUGUCCCAGGACCUCCUGCGGAAGAGCGCCCAGGCCUACAGCAUGCUGAAGGCCUCCUCACUCAGCACCGCCGGCCCGGUAAAGGGCACCAUGAGGAAGGUGGCGCUGGCCAUGAUCGAACACAGAAGCAGGUGGCUGACCAUCAGGCUCCUGCUGCACCGAGGUGCGGACCCCAACCUGUGCCGCGUGCCCAUGCAGGCCCUGUUCUUCGCCGUGAAGGCCGGGGACGUGGCCGGGGUGAAGCUGCUGCUGGAGAACAGGGCCAGGACGGACAUCCAGCUCCCCCCUGAGCUGGGGGCCCUCACCCCCCUGCAUAUUGCAGCCGCCCUUCCCGGGGAGGAGGGCGUCAGGAUAACGGAGCUUCUGCUCCACGCCGUCACGGACGUGGACGCCAGGGCCGCCGACCAGGACGCCGUGUACAAGCUGGGCAAGCUAGACCUGUUGCCUUCAAGCCUGAAGCUCAACCACGAAGCAGGCCCUGCCAGCAUCUACUACAGCAAGCCCACGUCUGUGCCAGACGAGGGGGGCAGGACAGCUCUGCACGUGGCCUGUGAGCGUGAGGACAACUACAAGUGUGCCAGGGACGUAGUCCGGCUCCUCCUCUCCCACAACGCACACCCCAACAUGCUGUGGAGUGGCCACUCCCCACUCUCGCUGUCCAUCGCCAGUGGGAACGAUCUGAUCGUGAAGGAGCUUCUGUCCCAUGGAGCUGACCCCAACCUGCCACUGACCAAAGGCUUGGGCAGCGCCUUGUGUGUUGCCUGUGAUCUCACCUGUGAGCACCAGAGGAGCAUGGACAGCAAGCUGGCCCUGAUUGACCGGCUAAUUAAUUGUGGGGCUGACAUCCUGAGCCCUGUGACGCUCACGCAGGGCGACAGGAUGGCUGUGGGCACGGCUGUCGACUAUGGGUAUUUCAAAUUCUACCAGGACCGGAAGAUUGCCCACUGCCCCUUCCACAUGCUGACGCCGGCCGAGCGGGAGAUAUUUCUGGCCCGCAAGAGGCUCCUGGAAUACAUGGGCUUCCAGUUGCGCCGUGCAGUCUCCGCCAAGGAGAGCCAGUGGGAUCCGAAGCUGCUGAACCUGAGCAAGAAAGCGGAGCUGACCCCCUACCAGAUGCUGAAGCGGAAAAGUGCUGUCCUAUCCAAAGCACUGCACUUGGAGGAGCAAGAGCGUAUUCCCUUCUUCAAGUUCUGCUCCCAGUGCGGCCGCUCCGUGGGAGUGCGCCUGGUGCCCUGCACCCGCUGCUACAGGAUCCUGACCUGCAGCAAAUCCUGCAAGACCAGAGCCUGGGACGACUUCCACAAGCGGGACUGCGGCACCCUGCCAGUCAUCGUUCCUUCUCCAGGGCCCCACCUGGAGGACUUGCACAGGAGGGCGGAAGAAUCUCAAUAGCCGGAACAGCCGGAUGCCCAAGGCCUGGGGGGCGCCCAGAGGCAGGCUGCACCACCAUGAUCCUCACCUGCUGGCAGCCACACCUCGGUGCGCCUCCGGGCUGCUGGCCUUGGAAUCUGCUGGCCUCAUGCAGGACGUCUGCACCUGCAGGGCUGUGCGUGGCAAUGUCUCCCCCCUGACC